CUCACUCGUCUUCCCCUGUGUCGUCUAGUGCGCAGAAUGUCACUCACUCCGCUACCACUCUGACCACUGGCGCGACUAGUACCUCAGCUGCCAGUAGCACUCACACCACCGCGCCCCCUUCGAGUGCAGCUACUGGUCUUAAUGGUAUGCGUUCUGCUGCCAUCCUGGCCUUUGUAGCAACUUUCGUUGUCUUCUUCAGUAUCUAAGCAGUUCGUCGGUUGCUCUAGUGCGAUUUUCAUCAGUGGCUUAUGGGUUGGGGGAUUUGGGUACGGGGACCCAGUGUGACUGAACCCCUUUCCCCCUUGCUGUUGGACAUCUGGUGCUUCUAUGUUUCCUUUUAUGUCUCAUGUCGGGAUGCAAGGCUUGUCGUGUGCCGUUCCCAGAAUAAUUUGUGCUGUCAUUUGCUAAUUCCAGCGGUUGGUCACCGCCUAAUUUCAUCAAAAAGUCUUCAGACCUUCUUUGACUAUGCUCGCACAGUAUUUCGCUACUACCAUGGGUAUCUCCUAAAUAUAAAACAUACAUGGCCCAGUUGCUCCGUGAGCGAUAGUAGAACCUGUUCGUCCCCAUCCUCCUCCAACCCAUACCCAUACCGAACACUGCCAUACUCGACCAGCUCCAUUCUGACCAUGGCGGCCCCUCUAUCCAAAGACAUGCAGGGCGCCAAGGGGAGUGCAGCUCCAAUGCUGCAGAGCGUUACUUGACGUGAGGGACGUUGUCUCCGCAGUCACCCAGCACGAAGUUAAGCAGAGGCAAAGCCCGAGAGCGAGUCGAAGAGCCUCACACCGACCCUCAUC